AAGUUAUAAAAAUCUGUAUUACAACCAAUUACAACCUUUUUGGGCUUGGCACAGAGAGUACUAAUUAUGGCAUGGCAGCGAAUCAAAAUCGUCCUUCACUGUUCUCUACGUUCUCUGUACAGUGCAAGAAUAGCGAUAAUUUACGAAUUGUGAUUGGAAUUGGGGUUGAAUGGCGCAAGUCUCUUUUAUUUCGUUUGAUACAAAAUGGGAAGGCACAAAGAAUGGAGGGCUCAGGCCAAAAAGAUGAGGAGAAAACGGCUGAGGCAAAAAGCUGCCCAAAAAAGAGAAUAUCUUAUGAAUCAAGAGCUGGAGGAAAGAGAAAAGUCACCACGCUAUCAGGCAUGGCUGAAGGAACAGGAAGAACUGGAGAUAUUUCAGGAGGAGGAAGAAGCACGUUUUCAGAGAGAACGCCAUUUGAAAUGGGAGCGGGAUGAAGAGAUUGCCCAACAAUUGUGGCAGGAACGCAAAGAGAGACUUGCCAGAGCGCGUGAGGAGAGAGCACGACAAGAAUUAAGAAUAAGAGAAGAAUGGGAACAGGAACAGAAGCGUUUACGUGAAGCUGAAGAAGAACAAAGAAGAAUAGAAGAGGAAAAGAAACAACGUCAGGAAGAACUUAUGCGAAAAAUUGAUGAAUUACUUUCAAAGGGAGAAGAAUUACCAAGUGAUCUUAUUACAAGCAAUGAGACUCAUCCAGAUAAACCUCCUUGCCCAUUCUUUAGUAAAACUGGUGCAUGUCGCUUCGGAGAUUGGUGUUCAAGAAAUCAUAUGCGUCCUUCAAUGAGCAAGAUUUUACUAAUUCCUAAUUUCUAUACUCAUUUUGGUCUUCAGCAAGCUCUUGUUGAAGAGUAUGACAGUGACGUAAUGUUGGAAUAUGGUGAUACGGAAACAUAUCAACAUUUCAAGGACUUUUUUGAAGAUGUUCUUCCUGAAUUUGAGUGUCAUGGGCGAGUGGUACAAUUCAAGGUGUGUCGAAACUUUGAAGCCCAUCUGCGAGGCAAUGUUUAUGUAGAGUAUGCCUACACACGAGAUGCUGUUGCAGCCUAUAAAACAUUUCAUGGUCGCUGGUAUGGUGGUAGGCAACUCAAUGUUGAGUUCACAUGUGUUAAUUCAUGGACAUCUGCAGUUUGUGGACUGUAUUACAAGCAGCGCUGUCCAAAAGGUAAGAGCUGCAAUUUUCUUCAUGUAUUUCGAAAUCCAGAUGGCCUCUUCGAUUUUCCUACCUGGGGGCGCAGAUCCUCUGGAGCUCCAACACAAGCCUCUGGAUCUCGUCAUCACAAGACAAAUCAGCUGAAACGUGGUCGUCGUUCCUGGUCAAGAUCUUCUUCCGAGUCUCCAUCACGAUCCCCCUCUCGCUCUCCAUCGCGGAGAAAUAAGAGAGAGAAACGCAAUUGGCGGUGCGUCAAGUAGUCUCCAGAAAAUCUACAAGCUUCCAGAGCAGAGAACUGAUCGUAGAAGUGAAAGACAUCGAGAAGUACAAGAAAUAACUCUCAUUCUGAAGUCACAGUUCAAGUUUCUCGUACAGCAAUCGUAAUCUGCACCCCGCAAGAAACACAGGCGGCGGUCUCCAGGAUCCAGCUGAACUGAUAGCAAAAGGAGUGGUGGUACAUCCCAGAAAAUACAUUUUUAUAUAAAUGUGCUAUGUGUGGUUAUGCUGUUAGUGAGCAUUUAAACUGUAAUCUCAGAAAGGCCUUGAAUAAACAUUGUGUGAAAAAAACAUUGAGAAAAUUGUGUAAACAUUUAAUUUUUUCUAAAGAAGUGACAAAUUGAGUAAAUGAAGUUUCAUUGUGCAAAAAUUCACCCUUAUUUGUUGAAGAGUGGAAAAACUAUAAUUCUGAUGAAUGUGUAUCUGUGAUAAAUUACAGAAACAUGAUUAUGUUGAGUCAUUUUUGAUAUUUAAUUGAAAAAAACAAAAACGUUUGAUGUCCAGGAUCUUCAAUUUUUGGACAGCAAAGAAAUCGGUUUUAAAUCUUGGUCAUCAAUCGUUUUUACUUGCCACUUAGACUCAGAGACAUCAAAGAUGCUUCGGACAACUAACUUUUAUGUAUAGAAAGUUGUCCAUUUCUUGUAUCAAGAACUGUUCCCUGCCAUUAACUGAAAACUCGAUACAAUAUGACAUUCAACGUCUUUAUUUGCUCCGCUUGUUGGCAUGGAGAGCAAUUCAAAUUUUAAUUAACUUUUUUUUUCCCUGUGUAGAGACCUUUCUUUUUCAUAUAUCAUGAACAGAGACAUUUUCUCGGUUUGUGACUCAGAAGAAAUUGAUAGUAUGUAAAAGUUCUAAAUAAAUCCCAAGUGAAUAUUGAAAAUCAAAAAUUGGUGGACAAAUGUAUCUGUGAUUUAGAUUAUUGAAAACAUUGUGAAAGAUUCUUGUAAUGGGUUUACAAAGUGUGUGCUAGUGUUUAUCUAUCAGUUCUAAUAAAAGUGAAUUCAACAUGUAACCGACAUCGAUACCACAAAAAGUUGUGUAUCAAUAGUUCCAGAUUAUUACACGCUCUUCUUUAGGUUUGUCCAGUGGUGUAGGCGCAAUGGAAGAGACUGAUGUUUCGCAUCCCACAGUUUUGCGGCUCAGUGUCGUAACACUAUUGUUUGUAAAUAAAGAAAAUUAAUCGAA